AUGAUGCGGACUGGCCCAGCGCACAGGAUUGGACCCAGCUCAACCAGACGCGUGUACUAUCCGGCCGAAAUCUUGGACUCCUACUUCCAGGGCCAGUACUGCGAGCCAUUUACCUCAGAGGCUAAGCUUUGCAAGCUGGGAAACUACGCUGUCUACUCAAUCAAUGUCACUGGCGUGUCUGAAAUCCCACUACGAUUGAGCGGAACGUGUGGCACUGUUGGCGCAGCCGGGGGCUAUACAGCCGGCGGAGGAUAUGGCAGUUUGACUUCAUUGUACGGGAUGACCGCAGACAGCGUGUUGGAAUGGGAGGUAGUGACGGCUGCGGGCGAGAAUCUGACCGUCACCCCCCAAAAGUACGCGGAUCUGUACUGGGCUCUCAAUGGCGGCGGAGCAAGUACAUUCGCCGUCGUCGUCUCGAUGACCACGCGCACGUACGAUGUGGCCCCAUGCUGGGUGCUGGCUUCACAGUCUCUAACAGUAACACGAUCGCCUUCUGAAACAACUAUCGACCUGUUCCACUCCAGUCUAGCCCCCGUGGUGGAUACUGGGGUCACAUUGACCUACUUCAUCCUCGGUACAGAGCUGAUUGUCUUCGCCGCCGUCAUUCCGGGCAGCGAUCCGACACUGCUCACCACCGCGUUGGCCCCGAUUGUGCGCAGCUUAGACCAGGCAGGAGUCGCUGUCAACAUCAGCUCCUCCAGCUUCUCCUCGUACCAUGCCCUGUAUGAGUCCUAA